CCGGGAAGACGCAGAACCUUCGGCCAUACUUGGAGCCCAGGCACGUUGGGCGCGGAGGGGAGACGUUGAGCAGCGGCAGCGCUCGUCAUCGCUGGUGCGAGUGCGGGGAAGGGGAGCUGCCAUGUCGCUGCAAUCGGUGGGCGCACAGGUCCGAGGGCGAGCUUCCUCCGCGUGCCUCUCGUCGUUGAGCUUCGUGGGGAGCAAGGGCGAGGUUGCUGCGUGUGCCGCGUCGGCAUUUGUGGGUGUGAAGAUCAAAUUGCAGAGUGCGCCGGUGGGGAAAUCCGGGGGUCUUGUGAAAUUCGCGCCUCUGGGAAUGGACGGAGGAUGGUUGAGCAAAUUGGGGUUCGGGUCCUCGAACAACAAGGCCGCCGCUGCCAGAGCCUCGGCGGAGGCCUCCAACAGCCCUGCUCUUGGGCCCGACGAUGAUACGCCAUCGACCGGGUGCAAUUUUGCGGGUUUCGGAGCGGGAUGUUUCUGGGGAGUGGAGCUGGCGUUCCAGAGAGUGCCUGGGGUGGUGAAAACCGAGGUCGGUUACACGCAGGGCCAUGUGCACAACCCUUCAUAUAGUGAUGUGUGCGACGGCAACACCGGCCACUCGGAGGUCGUGAGAAUUCAUUACGAUCCCAACACGUGCACCUACGAAAGUCUUUUGGACGUCUUCUGGGCCCGCCACGAUCCCACCACCCUCAACAGACAGGGAGGAGAUGUGGGGACUCAGUACAGGUCAGGCAUCUACUUCUACUCUCCGGAGCAGGAACAGGCUGCAAAGGAGUCGAUGGCGAAGCAUCAAGCUAAGAUGAACAAGAAAAUCGUGACAGAAGUUUUGCCGGCGAAGAAGUGGUACCGAGCAGAGGAGUAUCAUCAGCAGUAUUUGGCGAAAGGUGGCCGAUUUGGCUUCCGCCAGUCCACCGAGAAGGGCUGCAAUGACCCCAUUCGGUGCUAUGGUUAAAUUGCUCACUAGAAGCUCUUUCUAGUCGUGUAUAUUGUCUUCUAGGGCAGUGUCACAUUCAGUGAUGCAAGUCUUUUCUGCAUUCCACUCUCUGUUUAUUAGUAGAACGGAUGUGCCUUCAUGAAGUUGAUUAGGCAAACUAGGUGUUAGAUGAGCGUCGUGAUUCACGACAAUGUAUGAGUCGUGCUGGUUGUGCUUGUUUCCCAAGGAAUUUAAACUCUCCUUGGAGAAGCAUCUCACUUAGAAUCAGUAGUCUGCGAGCAAGUAAUGUAAGUUCUAUGUAAAUUCAGUGGAGAGCUACAAGAUCUACUGGAGCUUGGGUUCAGAUCACAAGGCUCUAUUUCUUCCAGCAAAUCGGAUAUAUGGUGUAGGAUUGUAUUCCUGCCUCGUCCUCAAGUAUCAUAUACUCGCAAGUGCUGGUUUUGGAAAGAACCAACUGCUGCUGAAAUGUGCCUCUGCUUCCGGAAGGUCCGACUGAGCGUUGUUCAUUCCUUUCAGCUUUUGAUUUUCCGCUCAUUAUUCCGAAUGCUGGAUAUAUUUCGAUGAAUUUUAUCGCCAUAGCCAACGCCUGAUCCUCGUGUGACAUCUUGUUUAGUUAAUGGAAUUGUUGGUCUGUCCGGAGACACAGCUCGAGCACCUUCCUUUGAACCAUGGAAAGGUUUAUGUAUUGUCAAUACAUUGCAGCACACGCAGCACUGAAUGCUGCGUUGCCGUUUCCUUGUGUGUUAUUUCAAAGUGGGGUACUCUGUAGAAGGGAAUACACAUGUGUACAUUCGGCAGGCAGUUGUAAGAAAACCG